CCGAACGAGCGACCGGCAGUACCGUUCCAGCGGUUUCUCUGGCCAGAACCUCAUCUUGCAUCAGCUGAGUAAAGUUUGCACAGUUCUUUCUUUCUUUUCGCUACAACUGAGGAAGAGUGAAGUUUUUUGUUGACGCGAUGUCUUUGGGCGUCGAGAUCUUCGAUCUGCCGGCCCGGCACUUCCAGGUGUUUUGGGGUGCUUCCGGUGAUCUAUGGCAAUCGCUGUGGGAUCGCGUGCUGGACGUCACAGGCGACGACCCCUUCCGGCUAUGGAUCUUCGGCACCCUACUCUACACCAUGACCCUGUACUGGACGAUCGGUUCCGUCUACACCCUACUGGACGUCUUCAACCGCCCCGCCUUCCUGCGCCGCUACAAGGUCCAACCGGGCACCAACGAACCCGUUGACCGGGACCGUAUAUUCCGCGUCAUCCGGCAGGUCGUCUUCAACCAGAUCUUCACCGGACUCCCAAUGCUCCUGGGGCUGUACUACUUCAUCGAACCCCAAACGGUGGCCGGCAUCCGCGAACUCCCCACCUUCCCGACCGUGGUUUGGCAGCUGGCCGCGUGCAUCGUGAUCGAGGAGUUUGGGUUCUACUACAGCCACCGACUGCUGCACCACAGCCGGGUCUACAAGUUCGUCCACAAGCAGCACCACGAGUGGACGGCACCGAUCGCCAUCACGGCCAUGUACUCGCACCCGCUCGAGAACAUCCUGAGCAAUCUGGUGCCGAUCGGGGUGGGCGUUUGGGCCACCGGAUGUCACCUGACCGUGGCCUGGCUGUGGUUCACGCUGGCCAUCUCGAACACGCUGCACGUCCACUCGGGCUACCACCUGCCGUUCCUGCCGAGUCCGGAGCAGCACGAUUUCCAUCAUCUGAAAUUCACCCAGUGCUACGGUGUGUUGGGGGUGCUCGACUGGCUGCACGGAACCAACAGUUUGUUCCUCAGCUCGAAGCAGUCGGAGCGGGACUACAUCCUGACCAAGUUUGUUCCGCUGCGCGAGCUGCAUCCGGAUCAGCAGCAGGCCAAAGACAAGUAGAGUUUGCACCAGGAGGAAAUGAGUCAAUGCAAGAUUAUACGUGGAAAUGAUAUUUUUA